AUGGCAUCGUCGUCGGCAGACCCGGCCGCCGGGAUCCCCCCCACCGCGGGCGAAAUCGAGAGGUCCAACUCGAUCCUCAUCUCUGCCAUCGUCCUGACCACCACUUCGAUCGUGGCCGUCGGCUUGCGCUUUUACGUGCGGGUGAGAAUGCUGCGCUCUGUUAAGAGUGAGGACUGGUGCAUGCUAGUGUCGUUGUGGUCCUACUUCGGCACCAUGUGUUACAACCUGACCCUUUGCAUCACCAAGGUCUCGAUCCUCCUCCUCUACCUUCGGGUCUUGACCCACGACUACAUUCGCAAGGUAUCUUGGGGGGCCCUUGGCUUCGUAGUUCUCUACAACGUCUGGGGGUUCGCCAUGUACCUCACCAUAUGCAUCCCGCUGGAGAAGAUGUGGAAUGCUGACCUGCAGGGCUACUGCCACCCAUUCGAGGUCUGGUGGGCGCUGACGUACCUGCACAUCAUUACCGACUUUAUGAUCUUCCUCAUACCGAUUCCCGUCGUGGUUACCAUGAGGAUCCCCGUGCGUCAAAAGGCUGGCCUCUUGGCCGUUUUCACGUUGGGGCUGUUUCUCUGUAUCAUUUCCAUUGUGCGCGCCGUCUGGCUGAACCAGGUGCUCUACGUCAAAGACGCGACAUGGCAUCUGGUGACCAUCGCCAACUGGUCGACCGCCGAGGUCAAUAUAGCCAUCAUAUGCGGGUGCAUACCGACGCUGAAGCCACUAUUGUCCAAAAUCUUCAGCCCACUAAUGGACCACAUCCUGCCAUACCACCAUCAGUCAUUGGAGGACGACCCUGACUCGACACGACCGAGAACCAUCGGGUCGAUGCCCUUGCACGCAUUCCGCUUCGGGCGAGCUUCGAAGGGGCUUGAUAUAAGUGCCGCAACAGUUGGCCAAACGUCGCGGGAGAGAGGAACUGUCACCGACACCGACGUUGAGAGCAAUCAGAGCAAGCUCAGAAACAUGGACUCACAAGCGGAGCUCAAUCCUCGCCGCGGCGACUACGACGAACCGAGCACGGCGCGAAGCGAACAAACCAGGGAUUGA